AUGCUCUCCAUCGCGCAUUCUCAGGUAACUCUAGCCGUACAGUUUGCCUUUCUCGCCGUUAAUGCGUUUGGCGUCUUGUUGGGCGUCAUGUACAACUCCCGAACUGAAGAUUUGUACCCAAACAAUUCCCAUCAAAAAAUUGGCUGGAUUAUCACGGCCGUCAUGUCUGCGCAGGUCUUGAUACACCUGGUCGGGCGACAAGUAGGUGCUAUGGCGGGACGAAGAUGCAGCAGUUCAGGUGGACGCAGUUCUGUCUCUCAUACGAAUUACUGGCAACGGGUACCCAUGCAGUACCAGGAUAGAGAACAUCGCUUGUCAAACGAUAGUGGCCAAGGGACGGAACCUGGAACAGAGUCGCUUCGAAGCAAUUCGGUUUCGACGUUGGACGGGGAAGACAUGUCACUGAAUGAACAACAAAAGGACUUCGAGGGCAUCGAGGCUGGAGAGGAUCCCCUUGAAUCCGUGGAGAUGCCAUUCUUGUCGCAGAACUCAAUACCAAGAAAAGCCAUACGUGUCAUCUCAUCACGGAUAUGGGUAUAUCUUGACUUCGUGUACAGAAUUACAGAUCGGAUCAUUCUGCCAUUUGGGUUCAUCGCACUGACCACGGGUAUCAUAACCUUUGGGCGCUUUUUCGAAGGAAAAGCGAUAUUCAGUGGCUUAGCACACUGGAUCAAGGGAGGAGUGUUCCUUUGGCUUGGCCUAUUUUCUUUGGGCCGCUGGUCGGGAAGUUUCGCGGACGUGGGUUGGGCGUGGAAUCUCAGACCCAUCAAUCUUCACGAGAAACCUCGGUGUCCAUCGGCAGAGUUCGUUGAGAGUGCCUUGAUUUUCUUUUACGGAUCUACAAACAUCUUUCUAGAGCACUUGGGAAGUUGGGGUGGCGAAUGGAGCUCCCAAGAUCUGGAGCAUUUGGCUAUUACUGUGCUGUUUUUAGGAGGAGGAAUGUGCGGUAUGCUUAUCGAGUCGUCUACUAUCAGAAGUCUCCUGAAUACGACCGCAGCAGGUACAGCCCCAGAAAGUGUGCCAGACGAAGAAGCAAUGGAGAAAUGGAAAUCCCCUGAUACAUACCAAUUUUCCCUCAACCCCAUACCGGCGCUUGUCAUUCUGCUACUUGGUAUCAUGAUGAGCUCUCAUCACCAAGAGACAGAGAUAUCGACAAUGGUACAUAAACAAUGGGGUGAUUUGUUAUUGGGGGCUUCGUUUGCUAGGGUAUUGACCUACUUUCUUUUGUUCCUCCGACCGCCCAAGUCUGUCCUACCAUCUCGCCCACCUACGGAGCUAUUGACCUCCUUUGGCCUCAUUGCGGGUGGAAUCAUCUUCAUGGCUAGUAGCUCGGACACUAUCGACGGCAUGAUUCACUAUAAUCUGGAUGCCAUGUUCAUGUAUACAAUCACAAUGGGAUUGGUAGGAUUGUUAAUGGCUUGGGAGAUUUUCGUACUAGCCAUUAAAGGUUGGGCAACACACAGGGAGAAGCGUGCAGGCCUGCAAGAUUCGCAGAAAGCAGCACUUUGUGGGUAA